AAGACUUCAGCUUUAUUACGGUAAUCAUGCUUAGAUAUGCCAUUAUAGGCCUAGUCCUGUCUGUAUGGACAACCUUUGGACAAAUCUGUACAGACGCAAACAUUAAGACUGUCGCUAGGAUUGUUUUCGGAGAAGCCCGAGGAGAACCGAUGAGAGGACAACUCGCCGUUGCCUACACCAUUGUAAACCGAAAAAAUCACCAGGCAUAUCCGAACACCAUAAACGACGUAGUUUAUCAGAAGAGAACAAACGGGAGAGAAUACCAGUAUGACACGCUACAUAUGACGGCGCAUACACAAGCUUGGAACGAUGCCCAAAGAAGGAAUACACAGGAAUACAAAAACGCAAUAAAAGCAUCUGGUGACGCAUUAUGUAAUCGGCAGAGAGAUCCAACAAGAUGUGCCACAGAUUACUGCGCAUUUGAUCCCUGUCGUUCCACAAGAUCUAAUAAAUGGUGGAGAGCUACCAAUAAAUUGAAGAUAGGAAACCAUUAUUUUGUGUGUCGCGUUGCUGCCAGUGGAUAAUAUCAAAUAUAAAUUUUUGUGUAGUAUUUUGUACCAUUAUUAUUUGUAAAAUUUCCAACAGAACAAAACCGAAGAGCUUUAUAUGACAAACAUGUACUUCUAAAAAAUCAUUUUCUGAUUGAUUAAUCAUUAUCAACAUCAUUCUUUUUUGUUUGUAUUCAUAAUAGAUUAAGAUCGGUACAAGUGAGUUAACAUAACCUAUACCAGAAUAAACAUUUUACUACUGCAAUGUUGAAUUUUUACUAUAACUUUUGUGUCGGAAAUAUUUUGCGAAUGUGAUAUCAAAAAAGAGUUAAAAUAUG